CAAUCAGGCCUCAGGUCCGACUACCACCAGUAUAAACUAUAAACUAUAAACGAAAAUUGAUGACGUGAUGACGCGGCCAGCCCCCUGCUAGGAAACGGUCUGGGACGGCGGGAUGUCACUUAACUGGAAGGAUGACGAAAUGCCUCGCCCCUCGUCUUCCUCCUCCUUCCAUUAUUAUGGCCUGACAAGGAGUACUUACCAUUGCCCACUACACCCAAGACACAUAAGUACCGUAACCACCAAGUGCUAAGAACUUCAACUCCUACACACCACAAAACCCACAAGAACAUACUUGCAACUUCCAUCAUUCAUCGCUCUUACCACUCCGACUCCCAACAAAUACCCCGCAUCACCAUCAGCCACCAUGACUUCUUCGGGAAAUACCGUCACUGUCUCGAACAUUGCUCCAAAAACGGAAGAUAAGGAAAUCAAAGAUUUCUUCAGCUUCUGCGGCAAGAUUGCCAACAUCAACAUCACAACUGAGGGCGACACCAAGAAUGCCACAGUUACAUUCGAAAAGGAGACAGCUUCCAAGACGGCACUCCUCCUGAACCAUACAAAGCUUGGCGAGAACGAGAUCACGGUUACGGGCCCUGCCGGUGCCACCGCUGACGAUGGCAGCCACCCCAAGGGGCAGGCCGAGCGGGAUUCGGACGAGAUUACGCAAGAGGAGAAGCCUCGCGCACGCAUCCUGGCCGAGUAUCUCGCCCACGGUUACGUCGUGGCAGAUGCCGGGUUGAAAUCGGCCAUCACUCUUGAUGAGAAGCACGGCGUGUCUACGCGUUUCCUUCAGACGCUCCAAAGCCUCGACGAGAAGUACCAGGCCACGGACCGGGCAAAGACAGCCGACAAGAGCUACGGCAUCUCCGAGCGUGCGAAUAACCUAUGGACCGGCCUGGGCUCGUACUUUGAGAAGGCCAGCAAUACCCCCACCGGCAAGCGCAUAGCCAAGUUCUACACCGACGGCUCACGCCAGGUCUCGGACAUCCACAGCGAGGCCAGGCGGUUGGCCGACCUGAAGAAGCAGGAGCACGGUGGCAGUGCCUAUAAGGCUGCGGGUCUCGACCGCGUCUUUGGGCCCGAGAAGACGAGCCAGUCGGCUUCCGGACAGACAGGCAAUGUGCCUGGCUCGGCCCCGUCAAACGCUCCGGCCACUGAGUCUAGCCAGUCCCCCACUGCUGCUGUUCCCACGUUUGAUCCUCCGCCGAAGGCUUAGGUGCGGCUGAAUCUUUGUUGCCGACCUUGAAGCGUGGUUAUGAUGAGGUUAUGACACAUGGAUGGAAGAGGGGUUGGCUCGGCGGUCGUUUCCUUGUACUUAAUUAAGUUGGGCUCUCUUUCUGGGCUUUCUCCUUGCUCUGAAUACUUGGUUGGUGUCUCGGUAGCGCAGAAAUUAUUGUAACAGCGACAAGAAAUCUGAUUUACUUCACCACAGAGGUUCAUGUCCACUAUUCUGCACCCUUGCUUUGUCUGGCAAUCACAGCCUGGGUAGAAUCUACCUCUAGGUAGGUACGUACGUACAUUCUAUGGUACCUAUUGCUAAAAGUAUUGGGGAAGGUGCACCUUCUGCUUACCAUGGAAGCUCCUACCUACUUACGUCCCCCUACGUGUCUGGCAAUGGCGAAGCAUAGAGGUCCCUGAAAACGGAAGGAGGAAGGAAGAGACUAGGUGGGUACCUAUAUAAGUGGCAGCCACCUCCAAUGUGACUCUGUCAU